CAUCGGCAUACCCAGUCGCACUGAGUGCAAGUAAGACAGGUACAAAACGUGUUGUUAAAUUGAAAAAGGACGUAAAACGAGUAAAAACGGUAUCCAACGGCGAACAGUUGAAUAUCUCUGUCGUGACCCCCCACUUUCAGUGUCGACACACGACUCGGUACGUUCAGAUAUCCGAGGGAUAAAGAGAAGAAAACGAAUUUUUUCCCCCAAACAAAUUGCGAAGAUAUCGCCAGGAUUUGAAUUUUUUUUUUCGAAAAUAUCGAGGUGUUGCGAACGCUUUGAAGACAGUUAUGAAAGAACGCAGAGACAAUUAUUCGUGUAAAACACGAGUGAAAAAAAUUGUCUGAAGUGCUUGGUGUUUACUUGAUUGUUCGUCAAACUGUUUUUUUUUUCAAGUUCUUAAAACCGAAAACAGUGAAGGGAACGCGGAUUCGCGGUUGUGCCUGUUGGCUGUCGCCUCACGGAUGCAUAUGGAGGUGUCCCCGAACCGGCGCUGUCUGAACCAGCUUAACAGCUGAUCGGAGUACGAGGCGGCGGUGAACGGGGCCACUACUGCACCAACACCCCGCGAACGGAUUAAAAAAACCAUAACAAUCCAUUGUUUUUCUUCGAUGAUCGGUUAUUUGAUCGAGAGAAGGAAGAUAAUACAUUGAGGGGCCCGAGAAGAUAAUAACAGUCAGAUUGACGCAAAGAUGGUCAAAACUUUUCAAGCUUAUCUGCCCUCCUGCCAUCGCACUUACUCGUGCAUACACUGCCGUGCUCACUUAGCUAAUCACGACGAACUCAUCUCCAAGUCCUUCCAGGGCAGCCAGGGUCGUGCCUAUCUAUUUAAUUCAGUAGUUAACGUGGGCUGCGGACCCGCUGAGGAAAGAGUUCUGCUGACAGGUCUUCAUGCUGUCGCGGAUAUAUACUGCGAGUGCUGUAAAACGACACUCGGCUGGAAAUAUGAGCACGCGUUCGAAUCAAGUCAGAAGUACAAGGAGGGCAAAUUCAUAAUCGAACUUGCCCACAUGAUAAAGGAGAAUGGAUGGGAAUGAACCACCGUCGCCAGGGCAAAAGUGGGGGAUCACGACUAGAUAAAGUCCCUCACUGGAGCCCUUGGAACAGGCAGAUUACGUGAAUAAUUAAUAAUUCUUAGAGAGACAGGCUAAAAGCGCUAAACAUAAAAACAAUCCAUACAUUGUUGUCCUCAUGUUUCAGUCCCUCGAAUCAUUCUAACUAAAACGGAAACUAAUGAGUAAGGAAAAUGACAAAGCAUCAUUACCCCUAAAACAUUAAAAAAAAAAAACAAAAAAAAACCACCAACGAAAGUCUGUGAUUUCAUUUGUGAUUUAUAAUCUUAGUAAUGUUUUUCUGUUCCGGACAAUUUCACUGAAGGAAAAAUGAAAAAAUACCGAAACGUCAGGGAUUUUUUUUCGAGAUGAAAGCAAAGAUUUUUUCAUUCUCAAAAAAAAUGUUCUUGAUCGAAAAGGAAAAGCUUUUUUUGGAGAAGAAGAAAAGAAAACAGUUUUAUCGACCGGAUAUUUUUUCACAGUGAGAAAAAUCUUUCUCGCCGCAAGAAUGUUUUUCCCAACCGGAAAAAAAACAUUUUCGAAAUGAAAAUAAAUAUUUGAAUUGAAGAAGUGAAGAAAGUCGAUUAUUGUGGAGGAUGUGGAUUAUUGUGGAGCCAUAUAGAGAGGAUUUUAUGAUGGAAAGAGAUGAUUAAGUAUUUGUAUAUUGAGAGAUAUUUUUGGAAAUGCGAGAGAUUGUCGAGUUGCUGGGAAAAUUUGUUGUGAAGAUGGAGUUGUCGGGGAUUUUUGGGGGUCAACUGUGGUUACAGUGGUGCCAUUAUGGCGAUUUUUUUUCUUCGAGGGGAAACACGUGCCGAUGAAUAAUUGGGGGAAUCCCAAAAAUGGAACCAAAAAAUUCUUUUAACAAACGGAAAAGAGGGAAUUCCCAAAAAUGGGAGGGUAAAAAAAUUGACACUUCAAUUUUUUCUAUCCUUGCCAACUCCCCUUUCCCCUGGAUUGAAAGAGGCACGAAAAUUCCCUAGGUGGAUGUCAUUGUUGUGGAGAUAACCUAUGAGAAUUUUCUCACGACAACAAACUGCAAAAUAAUGUUGAAAUGAAAUAAGAUGAGAUGAAAUAUGUAAUGUGAGUGCAGCGGGGGUGUGCCACAGACUUUGUUGGACUGACUGCCUGCCUGCCGCCUCUAUCGUUGGAAUUUCACUGCCGAUAAUUCCUAAUUAAUUAGUAAAGAUGAAGUAAUGGGAGAUGUCGAGAUGAGGGAGACGAUGAAAAUAUAAUUGGAAGGAUUUUAGAGAUGAAAAUUGGGAUAAACUUACUGAGCCUGAGAAUGCCCAGAUUGUAGCCCCAGCGUAGCCUACACUAGUGUUAUGAGAAAAGCCUAUAUAAAAUAUUAUAGGAAUUCAUUUAAUGAUUUCUGUGAUUAAUUGAAAUGACGAGAUGGAAGAUUAAAUUUUUGGGAAUGAUUCCCUGUAGCUUAAUGUGAUAGGAUGAGAAUUAUUGGUUGGGAAUAUUUCAAGGAUUCGGGGUGAACACCUGGCCAAUCCCUUUUGCCCUGUUUUUUUUUUUUCAUGAAAAAAAAAUUAUUGAAAUUUUUUAUUAGAUUUAUAUUUUUUUCAGGCAU